AUGGGGCUCAGCGACGGGGAGUGGCAGCAGGUGCUGAACGUCUGGGGGAAGGUGGAGGCUGACAUCGCGGGCCAUGGGCAGGAGGUGCUGAUCAGGCUCUUUACCGGCCACCCUGAGACCCUGGAGAAGUUUGACAAGUUCAAGCAUCUGAAGACAGAGGCCGAGAUGAAGGCCUCCGAGGACCUGAAGAAGCACGGCACUGUGGUGCUCACCGCCCUGGGCGGCAUCCUCAAGAAGAAGGGCCACCAUGAGGCGGAGCUGAAGCCGCUGGCCCAGUCACACGCCACCAAGCACAAGAUCCCCAUCAAGUACCUGGAGUUCAUCUCAGAUGCCAUCAUCCACGUUCUGCACAGCAAGCAUCCCGGGGACUUUGGCGCUGAUGCCCAGGGCGCCAUGACAAAGGCCCUGGAGCUGUUCCGGAACGACAUCGCGGCCAAGUACAAGGAGCUGGGCUUCCAGGGCUAA